GCAUGGAACAUGUAUCUAGGAGAGGCCGUGAAACGUCAUUACAUUGGAUGCUUUAACGAUAUAAAUGGUACGGAUAUUGAGACAUUGAUUAGAAUGCACGGCACCCUGACCCCGACCGUCUGCGCCGCUCACUGCAUCGACCGUGGCUACAUAUUCAUGGGUCUGGGACACGGAAGGAAUUGUAGAUGCGGCAUGGCAUACGGAAAGCACGGACAGCUGAAUGAGACCGACUGUAACCAGGCGUGUCCGGGUGACGGCAGCGUCAUGUGCGGAGCUUUCGGUGUGAACUCGGUUUACAGAAUCAACGAAUAUGAUGCCUUCAGCGAAUUGCUAUUCCACGACAGCCUUGUGUCCGCAGGGAACGAGCUAACACGUGAUGUAACAACAAGCCCGGUAGUAGGUGUCGCCUCGGUGUUACUGUGCGCAGGUCACUGCCUUGAGUUGCCAUAUUGCUUUGGAUUCGUCUGGAUUCCAGGAAGCGUUAACAACUGCGUGCUUAUUUCUGGUAUGGGCAACCCAGUCGUUUACACGAUUCCCACAGGAGGAAAAUACUAUCACGCAUGAAUGGUGUAAACUUUAUCCGACGUGUAUACAUUUAUAACAUUUUGCCAUGGUAAUUGUGUGCGAUCAUACAUAUUAAUGUCACGUGACACCUACGUCAUGUAUCGCGUCGAUCUAUUUGCUAAUCAUUU